GGGCUGCCUUGCGGGGGCGGGGUUUAGUCGUGCCGGCGGUGCGGUGGGGAAUUCUCCUUCCCAGCUGCUUUCCCCACCCCCCCCUUUUCUUCCCACCACCGACUCGGCAGCCCGGCGCCCCGCCCCCGCCCACCCCGCCCAGCCACCCCGAGAGGCCCCGCCCGCUCGCCCGCCUGCCUGCGCGCCCCCCCCUCCCGCGCGCUACGCCCCCUUUACUCCUGGCUGCCGGGAGAGCCGGGCGUCUGCGGCGGCGGCGGCGGCGGUGGCGGCGGCGGUGGCGGCGGCAGAAGCGGCGGCGGUGGUGGCGGCGGCGGCGGCGGCGGAAGAAGUCUAAGAAACAGCGGGGACGGCGGCGGCGGCAGCAGCACAGGCUGAGACGGCGGCGGCGGCAGCAGCAGCCUGAGCAGCCCGAGCAGCCUGAGCAGCCGCAGCAGCUCGAGCAGCCGCAGGAGCAGCAGCAGCCGCCGCAGCCGCAGGAGCUGGAGCAGCAGCAGCGACCGGUCGGCUUCCGCAGCGGCGAGCUCCGCACCGCAGCGCCGCGGGCUCUGCUGCAGCACACGGAUCCCGCCAAGCCGCCCCGGCAGCGCCCCCACCCCAAGCCCGGGCCGCUCCCCAACCCUCUGCCCGGCAGCGUCCGCUCCAUCGUCUUGUCACCCCUGUACCCGGGGAUGCUGCUGUCCAAGAUCAACUCCCUGGCUCACCUGUGCUCCGGGCCCUGCGGGGAGCUGCACUCGGCCAAGCUGCCACCCGGGAAAGAAAAGGAGCCCCUGGAGAAGCAGUACCAGGUGGGCCCGCUGCUCGGCAGCGGUGGCUUUGGUUCUGUCUACUCGGGCACCCGGCUAGCAGAUGGCGCACCGGUUGCUAUCAAGCACGUGGACCGCGAUAGGAUCUCAGACUGGGGGGAGCUGCCUAAUGGCAAUCGAGUGCCCAUGGAAAUCCUCCUGUUGAAGAAAGUGAGCUCGGGGUUUCCUGGGGUCAUCCGGCUUCUGGACUGGUUUGAGAGGCCCGACAGCUUCAUCCUAGUGCUAGAGCGGCCGGAUCCCGUCCAGGACCUAUUUGACUUUAUUACGGAGAGGGGAGCCCUGCAGGAGGAGCUGGCCCGAAGCUUCUUUUGGCAGGUGCUGGAGGCUGUCAGGCACUGCCACAGUUGUGGGGUGCUGCACCGAGACAUCAAGGAUGAAAACAUUCUCAUCGACCUGAACCGAGGGGAGCUCAAGCUGAUUGACUUCGGAUCCGGGGCAUUGCUUAAGGACACGGUCUACACUGACUUUGAUGGGACCCGGGUGUAUAGCCCACCAGAGUGGAUCCGUUACCACCGCUACCAUGGCAGGUCUGCAGCAGUAUGGUCCUUGGGGAUCUUGUUGUAUGAUAUGGUCUGUGGUGAUAUUCCCUUUGAACAUGAUGAGGAAAUUAUCCGAGGCCAAGUGUUCUUCAGGCAAAGAAUCUCUUCAGAAUGUCAGCAUCUCAUUAAGUGGUGCUUGGCUCUGAGACCAUCAGAUCGACCAUCCUUUGAAGAGAUCCAGAGCCAUCCGUGGAUGCAAGAUGUGCUCAUGCCCCAGGAGACAGCAGAAAUCCACCUACACAGCCUGAUACCAGAGUCCAGCAAAUAAUAGCCUCUCUUCAGGCUCCACCCCAGCCCCUCCACCUCCCCACGGGGCAGAGAGGCAGGGGAAGCUUCCUCCCUUCUCCCACUUCCCAAGAACUAAGGACUCUUGGAAUCAAGCUGGGCCUCGCUUGUUAACAGGAACAAUUCAUAGCUCAUUCCAGACCCAAGCUCCCUGGAGGCUGCCUCCUACCUAGGAGGAACUACUCCAUCCCCAGGUGGCCUGGGCCUCAACUUCUAAGGAUUCUGCCUCUUCCUUCCCUUAACAUUUGCCCCGGGUUACCAGUGUUUCCCAGCACUGCAGAAUCCUGGAGGCUUCUUCAGCCCUGGGCUGAGACCGAUUUCCUACAUAAUAGAGUUCUACUGAAUGCUGGGAGGGUUGGAGAAAAAAAAAAACUAGGGGGGUGGGGGGUGGGGGGUAGGAAGGGUUGGAGAGGGGGGAGAAAUAGGAUAGGACUGAAUUGAAUAACAUUGUAUUUCGUCACUGUCACCCCUUCCAACUCUUCAGAGUGCCUUCUGUGGUGACUCCGGCUGUGCUGGGAGAAAUACUGGAAUUUGCCCUCUACCUGCUGCUUCUCCAAAAAAAAAAAAAUCUGCCUGGGUUUGGUUCCCUCUUCUCUCUUCUUUCACCUCCUCCCAAAUUUCUACCCCCCUUUCCCAUCUAAGAAAGGUGCCAUGGAAGAAGCUGUGGGGCCAAACACUGAGCCACCUCACCUUGCCCAAUCUCUGCCUCCUUCUAGUAAAACUUUAGAACUGGUGUCUUCCUCCUUGGUUGUUACUUAACCGUUUCAAAGCCAAGACCUCAAGAAAAAAAAUCGCACAGACAAUGCAACUCAGCAGGAAAAAGAAACUGUAAAUGUGUGUGUACAUUUGGCAUAUUAGUGUAAAAAAGAUUGUAGCUGUUUGAAAAAUUUUGGGGGGGUUGAAUUUUGCCUUUUUAAGUUAUUUCUUUUGUUUUUCUUUUUUUUUUGUUUUGUUUUGUUUUGGGUUAAAAAAAAAAGAAAAGAAAACCACAUCCUAACCUGGAGGUCAAUGUUAUGUAUUUAUUUAUUUAUUUAUUUGGUUCCCGGCCUGUUCAUCCCUUCUUCUCCCUAACCUCUUCUAGCUUUCCUUGGCAGCCCGUCCUGGUUUUCUUUUUCUUCUUUUCUCUCCUCCAACUUGGGGACCUUCUGGGAGUUGGGAUUGAUGUGUAUGUGGGGGGGAGGAUAGGGGACAGCCAAUACUUGUAUGUGCCUCAGCACUGCAUGGAGUAGAAGGACCCGGGCCAGACAGCUGUCUGCAGCUUCUGGAUGGACUGCCUUUGUUCCCCUCACCUGCACACAUGUGUCUAGUUUCCAUGGGUAAUGGGGGAGGGGCACUGCUUGUGUAUAUAACCCUUCUGGAUGGUGGGUGGUUGUAUGUGGUGUGUAUGCUCGCCUUCCAUAUUCUGGGGCUGUUGUCAAACAGCAAGUAGCCUGCUGGUUUUAUCAAGUGUAAUACUGUACAGGGGGAUUAAAGAAGAUCUUAUUUUUUUUUUAUACAUGCUGUUUUUAAAUAAAAAAACCUUUUGUCUUAA